CCUGAGCUUCUUGUCCCCAGUGGUUUUUGUAGGGCAUCUCUCUCUUUCUCCCCUCCCUCUGUUUCUCCCAGUCUGUAUCAAUAUGUCCCUGGUGCGUGAGCGCGCGCCGCAACUCUGAUCGGCGCGCGGUUGAUGAUGAUGAGAGCGUGACCUCACCGCUUUCUGCACAGCUGCUGGAGAGCGAGAGAGGGGAAGACAGAGACAGAGAGAGAGCGAGAAACACAAACACGUUGAGGGAGACAGAGAGAGGUACGGAACAGCGGAGAACACUGACAACACAGGGGCACACUGCUCAGCGCGCGGGGACUCUGGUGGGGCGUCCGUUGGCUGUUUCCCGCCGGUCUGCCUCCCAGAAUGUUCUGUGCCCCCGGUUCAUUUCUACGGUACACGAACCAGUCGCCGCGGCGUUCCCACGGACACUGAAGCCCAGAUGCUCACCCUCUCCGCCGACAUGGACGAGUCUUCGUCGCUUCUGGAUCUGCUGGAGUGCUCGGUGUGCCUGGAGCGCCUGGACACCACGGCCAAGGUGCUGCCGUGCCAGCACACCUUCUGCCGCCGCUGCCUGGAAAACAUUGUCAGCUCCCGGAACGAGCUGCGCUGUCCGGAGUGCCGCAUCCUUGUGGACUGCGGGGUGGACGACCUGCCGGCUAACAUCCUUCUGGUUCGCCUUCUGGACGGUAUCAAGCAGCGGCCCCAGCGAGGGAGCGGAGGAGGAGUAGGAGCAGGCGGGAGGCAGUCCCUGGCCGGGGGCUCGCUGCAGGGGUACGCAGCCGGGAUAUCCGCUUCUCCCCCAGGCAGUGCGAUCAGAGAGCUGCCAGUAGCCAUCAGGAGCUCCCCUGUUAAGAAUAUCCCAGCGUUGCCUUGUGGAAAAGCCCUCUACUCCUACGAAGGAAAAGAACCAGGCGAUCUCCAAUUUUCCAAGGGUGACAUCAUCAUCCUGCGACGCAAGGUGGAUGACAACUGGUACCACGGCGAGCUUAACGGUUGCCAUGGUUUUUUGCCCGCUAGUUACAUCCAGUUGCUGCGUCCCCUGAGCCAAACUCCACCCCAGGGCAAAGCACUGUACGACUUUGAGGUCAAAGAUAAAGACCAGGAUAAAGACUGUCUGGCCUUCAGCAAGGAUGAGGUACUGACAGUUAUCAGGCGAGUGGACGAUAACUGGGCAGAAGGCAUGCUGGGAGACAAGAUUGGCAUCUUUCCCAUUCUCUAUGUGGAGUUAAAUGAAACAGCCAAGCAGUUGAUGGAGAUCGACAAGCCCACCCCUACUAACGUUCCAGGUCCCAGCUCUGAGCCAGCCCCGUUGGGCCCCUGCACUCCUGGCCCCUCCCCCACCGCAUCCCCGUCCAAUGGAAAUGGCUCUGGCCAUCGGAGAGGCGAAGGGAAGAAAAACGCCAAGAAGAGGCAUUCGUUCUCAGCGCUGUCCGUCAGCCAGAGGGCAGCCCAGCUUAACAACAGACACAGUAUGGAGAUCUCCCACCCCGUCCUCAUCAGCUCCUCUGACCCCAGGGCCGCUGCACGCAUCCAGGAUGUAUCCCAGCCGGGUCCCUCUCCUUCCUCAGCGGGGGUGCUGGUGCCCCCCAAAGUGGCAUCCAUAACCUCUGAGCUGCUGGCCCAUGCCAAGGUGCAGCUGCCACUCAACAUAUAUCUGGCUCUAUACGCAUACAAGCCCCAGAAGGCUGAUGAGCUUGAACUUAGGAAAGGGGAGAUGUACCGGGUGACAGAGAAGUGUCAGGACGGAUGGUUCAAGGGCACCUCACUGAGAACCGCUGCCUCCGGUGUCUUCCCAGGAAACUAUGUCACCCCCGUGUCCAGGGCUCCAUUUGGAGUUGGUGCUUCUCGGGGCUCGUGUUUGUCCAGUCCAGUAGGUGGAGGAGGUGGAGGGGGGAGUAAAAUCUCCGACCCUUCGUCCCCGGGGUCCUCGGGACCCUCUUCGUCCCGUCCCUCCACCCCACUGGUAAACUCAGUCAACUCUGUUAACAGCGUCAGUCCCGCCUCCUCGCCGCAAACUGCUGCCGCCCAGCUGAAGAACUGCCUGCGCUCUAGUCAGCAUACGGUUAACCAGGCACGCACCUCAAUGCAGCUGGUCCACAGUCCUCCUGCUGGAAGCCCAGAGCGUCCCACAGUGGCCAUCUCCCCGCUGCGUCCUCAGAGUUCCUCCCCUUCACGCUGCCCCGGCCAAUCGGGUCGUCCUCUCUCCAUGGUGUCUCCAGGACCCAGCUUAGGACCCUCACCCCUCUCUUCCCCCGCCUCGCGGCCCCUCCUCCCCCUCUCCUCCCCUCUCUCCUGUCUCACGCCUCCUAACGUGUCAGCGGUGCUCCUCAACGGGGAGCCAGUCAGUCCCCUCCAGCCGCCAUUGCCGGGCCCCUCCCACACCCAGGGUGCCAUCACGCCCAAAGCAGAGAAGAAGGAGAGGAAAGCAGGAGGCUUAUUAAAGCUCUUGUCGGGGGCGGCGGCCAAGAAGAAACCUCGCUCACCUCCCUCCUCCCCGCCCACCCACGACCCCUCAUUGGCCGACCCUGCCCACCAUCCCCACCACCAUCACCACCACGCCCGAUCAGGUUCCUGUCCGAUGGCCUCACAGGGCCGAGCCGGCUCCUGUCCAAUCGAGAGUGAUAUGGCGGGGGCCAUGGGGAUGGAGCCUCUGCACAGGAAGUCUGGUUCGCUGGACACAAACUUCCCCAAGUCGCCCCCGGCACCACGUGCCGGCAACGCUUUGAUGGUCCUUCGGCCUGAACCCAAGCCCCUGUCCAGAGAGAGGUAUCGUGUGGUGGUGCCCUACCCGCCCCAGAGCGAGGCGGAGAUUGAGCUGCGGGAGGGGGACGUGGUGUUCGUCCAUAAGAAGAGGGAAGACGGCUGGUACAAAGGCACCCUGCAGAGGACGGGGCAGACAGGCCUGUUUCCCAGCAGCUUCGUCGAGAGCUUCUGAACUGGAAAAGUGGACAAAAGAACUCGCACUGUUCCUGUUUCUGAGUCACAAAACACACACACACAAGCUUCACAACCACAAACAUACACAAAGGGUGGACCGACAUGGGUAUCACAGAAUUACACUUUUGGAUGAAGACAGACACCGACCUGCAAAAAUGUUGCUUUAAUAAGCUGCUCUCCCUAACAAGUAAUAUUUCAAUGGAGAUUUUUAGUUUCACAUGAUGAAAAAAUAAUUAAUUUUUCCCCAGAAAAAUCUGUCAACAAACACUGGAAUAUUAGGUAUGAAAACAUUUAAAUUAAAAUCUACUGAAACCCAUAUCGGUCCAACUAAUUCACAUACACACAAACAGGAAAGCCAGCCCCGGCUUCGACCAGCCACACAGGAAGCAGGGCAGCUUUUCCCAUCCUUCGCCCGGGGACAGCGCUGGGCCAGAGGGGCUUCAUGAGACUCGUUGUCCGCGCACGUGAUGUUGACUACUGAAGGCACACAGACUCAAAGAGCACAGAAAGACAAACCCUGCCUCCCAGUUCUCCUCCUUCACAUCAUCCACCAGCAAACACUAGCACAAGAAGCAUUAGCUCUGCUUUCCACUGAGACCUCAGAACUUGAAUUCGGGUGCUUUCAUUGUUUGAAAAGUGAAGAUCUGUCGCCAGGCGAUGAGGGAAGUGUGUGAGCCGACACACAGGGAUCACUGUAAGCACAUCUCCGUGUCUAGUUUGUGACAACAAGCACAUGUGUUUUUUAUCGACCCAAUAUGUUAAUAACAAUGCAUGUAGCAUUAUUACGUUUUAUUUUUAAAAUAUGUUGAAAUAGAUGUUUGUGUUGUCCCAAACAAGUCAUGCUGUGAUGAUCUGUCACAGGAGUUUUUAUUUAAAAACAAAAGGUACAAAAAGCAAAAUUAAUUAGGCGAUUCAUUUUUCUAUUUAUAUAUCUUAAUAAAUUUAUAAAAGACAUUUUUUAUUUAAACAAGUCCUUCAUAGACCCUCCACAGCCUGUCUGAUCUGAUUAAACCAGCUUGCUGAAUGUAGGAAAUAA